AUGACCCGCAACGCUCGAUUCGUUCCAGUUCUCGCCCUGUUCCUAAUCUUCGCUCUUGCAGCAGUGGCCGAUGCCGAAGGCUGUCCCACAGGGCUCGUGUACUCCCCUUUCGUUCCAUAUUUCCGCUAUCGGGCUGGCUCUGCGCAGGCCUGCUGGGGCUUUGCUAUCUGCACUUUUAACGAAGCCGAUGAGGCGCGCAAACAACAGUACGGCGCAACCGCGCUUGUAAUGGGUUUGGUGCCACUUACACUGCGAGAUAUCGCCUGGCCCGAGCGGCGUACUGUGCUGGUAUCCGCUCCGCUGCCAAUCAUAGCUGCUACGGCUGUUAGGGCACUGGGCUUGGAACCUACGGUUAAGGCAGAUGUGGAAGAGGAGCGCGUGCGGCAGUGGCUGUCAUGGAUGCGCACGGGGUGGCUCACCAAUAUCAAAGCGAAAUCAAGCACCAUGAGAGCUCUGUUGGUGACUCUUAGCUUCGUGGCCCUAGUCGUCUUCUAUGCCGCGUUGGCGCUGGUGGAAGUAUACUCCAAGCGGAGUGCUCUCGGUUGCCCGUAUCCUAUAUUUGGACUGACGUGGUGUCUGGUGGGUAUUGUCCCGGGUGCUGUCCACAGCCUGUUUGCGAGCUGGCGGGAAGAAAAGUCGGCGAGGUCGGGCAGAGAGACGGCCGUGCAAGGAGCAGAUGAAGCGUGGCCUGUGCAGCUUACAUGGGCUGUCUAUUACACUGCGGGGACACUUGUGUUUACCUCGAUCAUGGCGAUUACUGUAUUGGAGCUGUUCGUGUGGGUGGUUGUAAUGUUAGGUGUGACUGCGACCAGCAAGCUGCUCGCUCUCUAUAUCUGUUUGCUGCUGAGAAACCCUGCCUCUUCUUAA